AUGUGCCAAGGACAGGAAGCCCUGGAGAUGCAGGCUGCGUCAGAGGACACGCUGUGCAUGUGGAGAUCCCGGAAGAUAAGUAGGAUCACAGGAGCGCAGCCCGAGGCCACCAAGAUGGAGCAACCAAAUGAGAUUUAUGGAGAAACUAAACUCUGUUCCAGCCUACUAGUGUCGGUGGUGGCAGCAAAUGUUGGCCGCAUUGGCAAGGUCCAGGCCAUUUUCAGUGCCAUUGUGGAGAUCGUGAAGCCGAAUGGCGAGAAGCCUGACGAGUCCGAGUCGGGCAUCCUCCAGGCCCUCCUAGAGCUGAAGAUGAACUGGGACCUCAAGGCCCAGCUGCGCGAGCUGAACAUCACGGCCACCAAGAAAAUUGAAGGUGGUGGUGGUCGGAAAGCUAUCAUAAUCUUUGUUCCCGUUCCUCAACUGAAAUCUUUCCAGAAAAUCCAGGUCCGGCUAGUGUGUGAGUUGGAGAAGUUCAACAGGAAGCAAGUUGUCUUUAUCGCUCAGAGGAGAAUUCUGCCUAAGCCAACUCGAACAAGCCGUACAAAAAAUAAGCAAAAGCGUCCCAGGAGCUGCACUCUGACAGCCAUGCAUGACGCCAUCCUGGAGGACUUGGUUUUCCCAAGUGAGAUUGUGGCCAAGAGAAUCCGCGUGAAGCUGGAUGGCAGCCGACUCAUAAAGGUUCAUUUGGCUAAAGCACAGCAGAGCAAUGUGGAACACAAGGUUGAAAUAUUUUCUGGUGUCUAUAAGAAGCUCACGGGCAAGGAUGUUAAUUUUGAAUUCCCAGAGUUUCAGUCAUAA